CUCGCUGCCAAACGCCUACAUGAGAGACCCUCGUGAGCCCAGCUAUACAACCUCCGCUCCUCCUUGAUCCCGUCCUCGUUCACUCCGCAUCCGCAGCCGAAUUCCCCCCGUCUCCACCGCUCAGUCCCUCGGACCGCCGGACUUCUCCUCGCCUUGCCAUGGCAGCCGCAGCACUGAGGGCGCAGCUCAACGCUCAUAUCGCCGGCAUGUACACUGUUGGUGUCGUGGACGAGGACACGUUCGAGGAGCUGUGGGACGAGGGCACCGCUGUCGAGGUCUCCCGCCUCUUCAUCUACGACGCCUCCAAGAUCAUCAACGACAUCGACAUCCUGAUGGAGGAGCCCGAAGUGGACUUUGAUGAGGUGGAAGCCCUGACGCAGCAGCUCAUGCGGUGCACCUCUAGGUGUCUCGUGUCAUUGGCUCUUGUUAGGAAUGAGUUCUAUAUUGUGCGACAUGAGUUGGAGAUCAUGAUGCAGCUUGAAGAGCAGAUCGCGGCAUGCGGUCCUAACUCCUAAGUAGCGGCAAGUGAAGGGGGGAGAACGUGGCCCCAUGCAAUCCCUUGCAUUAUGUGUUCCAUGUGCCUCCGAAGAUGUAGCGGUUUUCAAAGGGUGCGCGUAAAACUUAGAUGAAUAUUCUUGUGUCGGAACUUUGGGCUCGUAACCCUGUGAAAUAAAACUAUUGUCGUGUGUUGAUGUCA